UUUGUUGUUACACAGCAAUCUACUGAACACCAUCAUGCUCUCAGCACUCAAGUUUCAGAGAACCUCGAGGCACUUUUCCUGCCUGCGACUUCUACAUAAAUCUGCAGUUGAAGUGCAAGAAAGGCCUGCCCCAGAGGAGACAAUCACCAGCAGUUUUGGAGGGUUCAUCCACUUGGUGCACCCGGGCCAGCUGUCAGACACUGUGCUGCACCGCAGUAAGAGGAUGAUCCUGGACAGCAUCGGGGUGGGGCUGCUGGGAAGCAGCUCCCAUGUCUUCGAGCUGGCUCUGCAGCACUGCCAGCAAAUGUAUGCUCCAGAUUACAUCAGUUCAGUCUUUGGUCGAAGGCACACAAGACUCUCUCCCUGUCUGGCAGCCUUUGUCAAUGGAGUAGCGGUUCCAUCCCCCGACUGUAGUGGGCCCUCUGGGUAGUGCUGCUGCCUGCUCCCGUCUGCUUUCCCUGGAUCGCUCGCAGUGCUCAAAAGCCUUGGCGAUUGCUGCUUCGCUGGCAGGGGCUCCCAUGGCCAACGCUGCCACUCAAUCCAAGCCUCUUCAUAUUGGGAACGCAGCCCGGCUUGGUCUGGAGGCGGCACUGCUGGCAUCCCGGGGCCUGGAGGCCAGCACACUGAUCCUGGACUCGACCCCAGGCUGCGCUGGCUUUAGCGCCUUCUACAACGACUACCUGCCUCAGGCACUGCCCUCCCCGGUGGAACAGGAUCCCCGCUUCCUGCUGGAGGACCAGGACAUAGCCUUCAAGCGCUUCCCUGCACACCUGGGGAUGCACUGGGUGGCAGACGCAGCGUGCUCAGCACGGGAGCUUUUGGUCAACACUGUAGGGGGUUUCCACCCCUCUAUGAUCCAAAACAUCCUACUGAGAAUCCCCCUCUCCAAAUAUAUCAACCGGCCCUUCCCUGAAUCCGAGCACCAGGCCCGACACUCCUUCCAGUUCAACGCCUGCACUGCUCUGCUGGACGGCGAGGUCAGUGUCCAAUCCUUCAGCCCAGCCUUCCUGGACCGUCCUGAGCUGCUCAGCCUCCUGAACAGAGUACAGGUCGAGCACCCCCAGGACAACCCUGCCAAUUUCAAUAAGAUGUACGCAGAGGUGCUGGUGACCCUCACAACGGGCGAUGUCUUGAAGGGUCGUUGCAACACCUUUUAUGGACACUGGAGGAAGCCACUGAGUCGUGACAGUCUGCUGAAAAAGUUCCGGGCCAACGCUGGGGCAGUCCUGCCAGGAGAGAGAGUGGAGGCCAUCAUUGAUGCCGUGGAGAACAUAGAAGACAUGCAGGACUGCUCCCGCCUCACCAUGCACCUGGAGUGAAGGGCUUCAUGACAUCCUUUGAUGACAUACACUUGAAGAAAACAAUAUGAAAUGAUUGGGGAAACGAUCUUUAUGCCAUUUGUAUUUUGUUUUACUGUAUUAUUAUUAUUAUUAUUAUUAUUAUUAUUAUUAUUAUUAUUAUUGUUGUUGUUGUUGUUGUUGUUGUUGUUGUUGUUGUUGUUGUUCUUGUUGUUAUAUAGUGCAUAAUUUUAGUGACUAUUUACCAAUCAUACUCAAUUGUAAGUAAAGCACAGUUCACAUGGAUUAUGCAAUGUAUAUACUCUCAAAUCUGCUAGCACUGUAAAUCUCACUAUUGCUCUAUUUAUUGAAUUCUUGUUAUUUUAUUUGAUCUUUUACAAAGAUUUAUUGUGUCUAAUUUCAGACUUUUGUAUCGGAAUUGCAAUACUGUUGAUUUGUUUAACAUGUCACUAGUUUGGAAGAUAUCAUCUGUCAAUUCAAUCAAUUAAAUCAUCAAAUGUGAAAUCAAUGUAAUGCCCCAAGUGUGCAAAUAUAAUACAAAUGAAACAAUUGUAAUUGCUUUGGUGUUUAUAUUUUAUUUAAUUGAAAAAGAUUAGUAGUUUACAGUGUUUAAGGUGUACAAUAAUACAGUACUUGUACAUUAUUAAGUGAUAUAAAUGAAUUGUAUAUACUACAGAUAAUAAA